AUAGGAUGGACUUCAGUAAUGCUUAAUUUUAUUGUUGGCCUCUACUACAACGCGUUUAUCGCCUGGGCCGUCUUCUACGUGGCCAAUUCAUUUACCGACCAGCUGCCCUGGAAUUCUUGCGGCCAAUUUUGGAAUACAGCCAACUGCAUAGCCAUUGGAAAUCAGUCUUCGGUAAACCAAACCUCAGGAGCGAAUGGAUCUGCUUCUUCUCCUGCAGCCGAGUUCUUUGAGUACGUGCUUCCUGCAUUUGUCCAUUCAUCAUUCUCUAUCGCUGCUUGGGUUAAGCUUCAGCGUGAGAAAGGUAGGUCUAUCCUCUCGAGGGUCGGUUGGCGCGAAGAAACAUUUAGUUUUGUAACACGAGAGAUACGACCUUUCAGGGCCAGCUUAAGUGAUGACUUCAUACAGCGUCCUGUGUUAGUGUUCUCUGUAAUGGAACCGUUAAAGGAGUGCAUUUCUGGACGUUCUGUUGGCCUCUACGUCGGAAUCGUUAGUAAGCAGCGUCAACAUCAUCCCCGAGCAGCAGUUUGUCAAAUAGCCAAAUAA